AUGCAGGAGGAAUACACCAAGAGUCCACGUGCAAUCUUCCCCUCCAACAUUCCCUCGUGCAGAUCCAGAUCCUUGUCACCCAGCAAGGAGGGCUUUCGCGGCCACUUCAGCCUGUUGCAUGGCGAGAUGGCCCGGAACUUACAAAAGAGCAUCAAGCACCGCACCCUCUACCUCUUAGAGCAGCUGAGAGUGGAGAAAGCCAGCCGGGACCAGAAUACUGAGAGCUACCUCAAGCUGGUAUCUAAAGCCGACAGGCGCCAGGCCCUGCACAUUCGCCAAGCCUUCGAGAAGGUGAAUCAGCGGGCCUCUGCCACCAUCGCCCAGAUAGAGCGAAGGCUCCAUCAGUGUCACCAGCAGCUGCAGGAGCUGAAGAGGGGCUGCCAGCCCAAGUGCUCAGUGGCAGAGGAGGAGAGCAGCCCGGACAAUGGGCGGCAGCCCUGGGAGAAGGCCCCGUUUCUAGAGUCUUCCAAGCCAGGUGGGAAAGAUGACUUAGCCACUACCUCAUCUGGCAGGCCCCUCCCACUGGACAAUCAGCUGCCGGCCUCACAGCAGGAGAGGUCACCAGCAAGGUUGCCAGAGUCGAAGGCAAACUUGCUAUUGCAGAAGGUGAAGGAAGAGCUCAAAGAAGCCCAGAAAGUCCACCUUGGCCUCCAGAUGUCCUAUCAGAGCCUAAAGGAGAUGUACCUCACAGACCUGCAGAUGUCGCUGGAGUGCCUUCAGGAGGAGAAAUGCAGGCAAUCACUAAUGGCAGAACUGGUGAACAAACACCUGCAGCGGCACCUGGAUGAAAUUUACUGCCUCAAACAGAAUCUGUCCUAUGCUGAAGAGAAAAUGGCCUAUCUUUCCUACAAAAAAGCCAAGGAAAUAUGGGAGGUCAUGGAAAUGUUCCAGUGUCGCAUAUCCAAGCUGGAAACUCUACAGCAAGUGACGCAAGCAAAGAUGACAGAGAACCUCAGACACCGUCCCCGGAAGUUUGUGUUCCGAUUUCUGAACCUGCUCCUCAUGCUGGCCACCAUCUUCUUGGUCUUCUUCUCAACCGGGUGUGCCUUUCCAUUGACACUGUUGAAGUCGCGCCUGCGCAUGUGCACCGUGAUCGUGCUGGUCGGGGUUGGGAUCCUGGCCUGGCAGAAUUGGCAUGCCAUUUCUGCCAUGGACUGGCAGGUCUGGGUUGCCUCCACAUGGAGACUGUAUUCCAAGGAUGCCAAGCCUCUACCAGACGGGCCUUAA